AUGCUAACAAUUCACCACAUAAUGAAGAAAUUUCUCCGAGAAUACCUGGCGUUGCCUGAUUGUCAUUUCUUUCCGGAAGCCGGCAAGGGUUCGCCCAUGGGGUGUGGGGGAUCCAAGGCUCUUGCAGCAGUAGACAACCCUCCACCUCCCCCACCUACCAAGCCCGUAGCACCACCAUCAGUAACCGCAGCAGUUGUACCUUCCGCAGCAGAGAAGCCCGCGAAACCUUCGCAAGCAACGACUGCAGCUGUCGCAGCAGCGCCUCCUGCGACGGAAUCCGUCAGCCCAGCUUCAGUCGCUCCGUCCAAGCAAGACCCGCCUGUUGUGCUGCAAGAGUCGCCGCCUGAACCGGCCGUUCCCUCGGUUGCCGCUUCUGAAGCUGCCGCUGAUGCUUCCGGGGAGAAGGCGGAGAGUGCACAGGCGGAGGCAGCAAAGGCGGACACAGGGGCCUUGGCGGUAGGAGGCCAGUCCGCGGAGGAAAAUAGGUCCGCGGAGGCGAACCGGUUCGCGGAGGCGCAGCAGGCGCAAGUUGGUGCGGCGGAUGAGGGCACAGGGGAGGCAGCGGAUGGGGGGAGCGGAAGGUUAGCAGGGGAAGGAGGUGAAAGCGAGGCGGAGCAGAGCGGGCGUGUAGCUGAGGCUGGUGAGGGGCAAGAGCACGGUUUCAGCAGCCGGCGUAGUGAGGAUGACGAUUCUCGUUCUUCGCAUCAGAGGCUUAGGGAAGGCGAGGAAGGCGAGGAAGGCGAGGAAGGCGUCUCAGCGGAAGCAGCAGCUGCAGCGGAAACGGAUGUUGCUCAGGACACGUCUGCAUCUGUAGCGGCGGUUGGGGAUGCGGCAGAGGCUCGAGCCAGCACGGAUGGGCUACCAGCAGCAGGAGAAGCAGCAGGAGGAGCAGCAGCACCAGAAGCAGCCCCAACAGAAGCAGCAGACGGGCCUGGGCCAACUGCAGAUGGCAAUACGGGGAGUGGUGAGAGCAGUAGUGCUGAUGUCAAUGCUCGGGGCAGUGUAAGUUCAGGUUCGGGGGGGGCUGUGAAUCCUAGGGGGGGCAUCAUCAGCGGAUCAAAAAGCGGGGGGAUCGUUUCAGAGGCUCGUGAGAGCAGCGCAGCGGCAGGAGGAGGAACAGGCACAGCUAAUCUACCCCAGACGAGCAACAGCGCGGGGAGUGGGGGGGCAGGCGGAAGUGCGUUCCUCGCGCACAACGCCAUCUCGCGCUCGUUGUCCCACGAGAGGCACCGGGGGCACACCCCCCCGCUCCCCCCCCACCACCGCCUGUCUACGAGCUCCCCUUUGCAGCAAGGCCCGAACCAGCACAACCAGAACCAGCAUCAGCAGGAACACAGUCAGCCCUCAAGCCACUCACAGGAACAAGCAGCAGCAGCAGCAGCAGCAGCACCCGUCAGCACCAGUAGCAGCAUGCCACGUAUGCCUGCCAUCACCCAGCAGAACGCAGGGAAACUCCGUGUGUUUUCGUAUACAGAGCUGAGGGCGGCCACAGGGGGGUUCAGCAGGGAGAAUCUUCUGGGGGAGGGCGGAUUCGGGGGCGUGUACAAGGGGCACGUGGACGCGUGGCCUAUAGACGGCGUGCCUAUAGUGAUGGGGCAAAAGAUCGUGGUGGCUGUUAAGAGACUGAAUAAAGACGGGCUGCAGGGUCACAAGGAGUGGUUGGCGGAGGUGAACUUUCUGGGAAACAUCCAGCACCCGCGGCUGGUGCGGCUGCUGGGGUACUGUGCGGAGGAGGAGCACCGGCUGCUGGUGUACGAGUUUGUGCCCAACAAGUCGCUUGAAGACCACCUUUUCAAGUCCAAUACAGCUAAAGGCGGGCCGGGUUUGGCCUGGCUGGAUCGCAUAAAGAUUGCUCUGGAUGCGGCCAAGGGAUUGGCGUACCUUCACGACGAGACAGAGAACCAGGUAAUCUUCAGGGACUUCAAGGCGGCCAACAUCCUCCUAGACAACGACCUGCAUGCCAAGCUGUCCGACUUUGGGCUCGCCAGGGCGGGGCCUGAGGGCGACCGCACCCACGUCAGCACGCAGGUGGUGGGCACAGUGGGCUAUGCUGCUCCAGAAUACGUCUUGACAGGUCACCUGACGGCGCGCAGUGAUGUGUGGAGCUACGGGGUGGUGCUGGUGGAGCUGCUGACGGGCAGGAGGGCGCUGGAUGAGAGUCGGCCCAGAGAGGAGGUCUUCCUGGUUGACUGGGCCAAGCCAUACCUUGCAGAGACCCGCCGGCUCUUCCGAAUCAUGGACCCAGGGUUUGAGGGCAAGUACUCAGCCAAGGCGUCCCAGAAAGUGGCUGCUUUGGCGCUCUGGUGCUUAGCUAAGAACCAGAAGCAGCGCCCCACCAUGACCCAAGUUGUUGAGUCGCUUACCCCGCUGCUCGACCUCACAGACAAUGCGGGCCUGUCAGCAUCGCCAGCCCCCAUCACACCACUCCGCGUGCCUCCCGCCUCCCCCAUGGGUUUCUUAAACCCGGGGGCAGGAGGAGGAGGCCCAGGAACACCAGGAGGGGGAGGACUGGGAGGCGGGGGGUUAGGCACACCCGGUGCAUUGGGUGCUCUCGCCAUGCGUCGCGCUGCAGGCCCUCCCUCCCCCGCCGGGGUGGGACCGUUUCCCCCUGCGCAGUUCAACUCCCUGAAUCCGCCUCCUAACGCCCGGUUCAGCCCGCGGCCGCCGCAGCUGCCUGUGGGGAAGCAGCAGUAUACGUCCCCGUUGGUCGCUGCACUGAGAGUGAAGGAGCGGCAGCACCAGCAGUUGUGCCUGCCUCCAAGAACUCUGCUAUCUGCUGAAGUUCUACCCCCGACUCUGCCCCCCAAACAAAAUUCUGAAGCGAUGGCGAACGCUCAACGCGUCUCGUGGAUUCUGCUGCUCCUCGUUUCGUUCCUCCUCUCUGCUCUGCCAAACGCUCACGGCUUCUGGGUCACUCACGGAGGCGAUCUCCUGAACCGCCGAUGGGCAAACACAGAGCAGCAGAUUUCCCCUUCCUCUGCUUCCCAGCUUGCAUUAUCUUGGGAGUUCACCACGCGCGGCGAUGUCAGCGCUACGCCCGCUGUGUUCGGCGAUUUCGUCUACUUCCCCGACGCGGCGGGGUACCUUUACGCGGUGAGGCGGAGCACGGGAGCUACCGUCUGGCAGAAGCGCAUUCGUACGGAUUAUGGAAUCGACCAGGACAAUUUCCAGGGUCGCGAUCCGUACUCUCGUGCGACUCCGGUUGUUGCCGAAGCCAGCGGGUUUCUCGGGAACCUCCUGAUCAUCAGCGUGUACGGACCUGCGUACGUCUUGGCGGUGCGACGCAGUGACGGAGGCCUGGUCUGGAAGACGCUACUCGAUCCGCAUCCUGCGGCAGUUGUAACGGGAUCCGGUACGGCGUACCGAAACGGGCUGUACGUCGGCGUUUCAUCUGGAGAGGAGGUAUUCGCGUCGGAUCCGACCUACCCGUGUUGCACCUUCAUUGGAAGCGUCGUGAAGUUGAACAUCGUGAGCGGCGCAAAAGUGUGGCAGACUUACACUCUGCCGCCCAACGGCGGAAACGCCAGCCUGUAUGCCGGCGCGGCAGUGUGGGGCGCGAACCCGUCAAUCGACGAGGCGAGGGAGCUGGUUUUCGUCGCGACUGGUAACAACUAUCGCGUGCCUGAUUACGUUUCGCAGUGUCAGCAGGAGCAGGAAGAAAACGGCGCAACUAUUCCUGACAAAUGCAUCGAGCCUGGAAAUUACUUCGACUCUAUCCUCGCUAUUGACCUCUUAAGUGGUUCUGUACAGUGGGCGACAAAUCUGAGCCCAAUCGACGCGUGGAACAUAGCGUGCAUCACGGAAACCCCUUCGCCUAACUGCCCUCCAAGUCCUGGCGAAGAUUACGAUUUUGGAAUGGCUCCACUUCUAAUGUCGAUUGACACCAACACUGCGAAAGAAAAUGGACAGCAGAAGGAGGAGAAACGCGACAUCGCUGUGGCGGGCCAAAAAUCUGGAAUAAUCUGGGCCCUCGAUCGUGAUGAUGGAUCAAUCGUGUGGUCCACAGCUGCUGGCCCAGGGGGGCUUCUCGGAGGCGCGUCGUGGGGAAUUUCGACAGACCUGGAGCGAAUUUAUGUGGGAAUUCUGAACAGCGAUUUCAAGGAAUUCACUCUUUUGCCUUCCGCUACAGUCACAUAUGGUAGUGCUUGGAUUGCGCUCAAUCCUGCAACGGGGGCUGUGCUGUGGUCAACUGCCAAUCCGAAUGCCCCAGCACUUGCAAUGCUCCCUUCGGCAGCCAAUGGGGUGGUGUUCGCAGCUUCGAUGGAUACUGAAGGCCACGUGUACGCGUUUGAUGCUGCAUCAGGACAAAUCUUAUGGUCCUUCACGCCUGGUGCUUCUGUUUAUGGUGGGAUUUCUGUAGACCGUGGUUGCAUUUACUUUGGUAGGGGUUAUAAUUUUCCAUUCCUUCCGUAUGCCACUGGGGGUGGGCCACAGCGUGUAUAUGCCUUCUGUGUCCCUCAUGGAGUUUGA